CUCUUUGUUCUUUUUCUUCUUCCCCCAAAACCUCUGUCAAUUCCUCUCUGUAAACACGCCUUAACAAUGGCCCAUCCAGGCCAAAUCCCCAUGAACCCUAUGAUGCACCCAUCAGUACCGGUACCCGUUCCUGUACCUGUACCCGUACCCGUACCGGUGUCUUUUCCCGUACCAGGAUCCGGACCUGGACAUUCGUUUACCGGGAAGCGCCGCCGAGAGGACGAGCUUCCCUCACCUUUGGAGACCGAGGAGUCGGCAGCGAAGCGGCGCGCGAGUUCGGCGCAGGACGUGCUGUUCAGAGUUGUGGUGCCGUCGAGGCAGAUCGGGAAGGUCAUCGGCAAGGAAGGCUGCCGAAUCCAAAAGAUUCGCGAAGAUACCAAGGCCACUAUAAAAAUCGCAGAUUCCAUAGCUCGACACGAAGAGCGUGUAAUUAUUAUAAGUUCUAAAGACAGUGACAAUACAGUGUCUGACGCAGAGAAUGCACUCCAACAAAUAGCAAGUCUAAUACUAAAGGAAGAUGAUAGUAGUAUGGAGACAAAAGUAGCUGCAGGGCAUGUGGCUGCCAAUACAAUUAGGCUUUUGAUUGCUGGGUCCCAGGCAGGUUCUUUGAUUGGGAUGUCUGGUCAAAACAUUGAGAAAUUGAGGAAUUCCUCUGGAGCCACAAUUACAAUUCUUGCUCCAAAUCAGCUGCCUUUGUGUGCUUCUGCUCAUGAAUCAGAUCGAGUGGUACAGAUGUCAGGUGAUGUUCCUGCAGUACUGAAGGCUUUGGAGGAGAUUGGUUCUCAACUAAGGGAAAACCCACCGCGACAAGUGAUUUCUAUUAGCCCAGCAUACAACUAUACUGCAAUCAGACCACCCCAACCAUUCUUGGACCCAACUUCAGCUGAUUAUGUAACCUUUGAGAUGGUGAUAUCGGAAACGCUUGUUGGUGGGUUGAUCGGCAGGUGUGGCUCAAACAUAUCGAGGAUCAGAAAUGAGUCUGGGGCAAUGAUCAAGGUCUAUGGUGGGAAAGGUGAACAAAAACAUCGACAAAUUCAAUUUGCCGGUAGCACUCAACAGGUAGCAUUGGCUAAGCAGAGGGUUGACGAGUACAUAUAUUCUCAGUUGAUACAACAAGCUACUGCUCAACAGGCGGCAUAAACUAUCUUUCUUGCCUCCAAAAAUGCUCUUAGUUGUCCCCAUAUGGGUUUUUUUUUAGGUCUGAUAGCAUAUUAACAAAAUUUAAGGAGUUUUGUGUGUAGGUAAUGGCCAGAGAGUUGGUCAUUUUCCAUUUGUUGAUUUUCUCCCGUUAAACUCUCGUUGCUCCUAUGGGACAGCUGCAAACCUGUGUAAAACAUUGGCUUAGUUUGAUGUAAUCACAAAAUGAUUGUUGAGGCAACCUCCGGACAUUAAAAAAAAAAAAA